ACGCAUAUGACAGUCGGAGAACAGCCGGCUAGAUCAUUUCUCUUUUACCUCCAUGAUCUGAUCAUCUCAAAGCCUCCAACCUCAGCGUACAUUACCAUGCCUGACCCCUGUUCCAGGUGCCGUGUGAUCGCGUGUCAGAGGUGUAAACUCCCUCGUUCACGGCGAACAAGACGGGUCAAGCCGACCUGGGCCGGCACUAAAAAAUCCUCGGCCAUGUUUGUUCUGAGUUUGGGCUCCUGCACGGCUCUAGUACAGACUACAGGUGCUGACAACACCCCAGACUUCUGUCCGACAGAACACACCUACCCCCACCCCUCCAUACCUGGCCUGACCUGUGAGCUUUGCCCUGCAGGUCAUUAUGUAGAAGAUCACUGCACCCCAGGCAGUACCCGGAGCACGUGUCUUGUCUGUCCAGACAACAAGUACCAGCCCUGUCCCUCCAGUAACCUCCGCUGUCACAGCUGCAGCGACUGUAGCGCGGCCUGGCUGGACGGCAGGUCAGCCCCUCCCAUCCUACCCUGCUCACAAACCCAGGACAACAUCUGCCAGUGUCCCCAGGACAGGUUCUGGAGUCUGGUAGAGCCGGGAUGUAAAGUUAAAACACCAUGUGGACCAGGCCAAGGGGUGGCACAUCAAGCCACAUACAAGAGUGAUACAGUCUGCAUCACCUGCCAAGAUGGCUUCUUCUCCAACGAGACAUCUCUGGUGCAGGUGUGUGGAGAGUGCAGGAGGUGUGAGGAGGAAGGGUUAGAGACACGAGAACCCUGCAAUACAACCAGUAAUGCUGUCUGCAGUGCACUGCCUUCUGUAGGCACUCUUCCCUCCACCUCACUACAGCAUAAAGAUGGGUUAGAAUGGUGGAAGAUCACUCUGAUAGUUAUGAGUGCAGUUGGAGCUCUGCUUGCAGGAGUUGGUAUCAUUGGUUAUAUCAGAAAGAAAAUGACAACAAACAAUGCGGCCAACGGAGCUGUUGUCACCUACAACCCUGGUAACAGUGCUGUUUAUACUGCCGUCCCUCCAGUCCCUCAGAAUGCUGCUGUCCCUCGUGCUGCUGUCCCACCUGCCCAUCAAAAUGGAGCUAUCCCUCAUCCUGCUAUACCUCCAGCCUCUCAAAAUGGUGCUGUCCCUCAUGCUGCUGUCCCACCUGCCUCUCAAAAUGGUGCUGUCCCUCAUGCUGCUGUGCCACCAGCCUCUCAAAAUGGUGCUGUCCCUCAUGCUGCUGUGCCACCAGCCUCUCAAAAUGGUGUUGUCCUUCAUGCUGCUGUGCCACCAGCCUCUCAAAAUGGUGCUGUCCCUCAUGCUGCUAUCCCACCAGCCUUCCUAAAUGGUGCUGUCCCUCAUUCUGCUGUACCUCCAUCCUCUCAAAAUGGUGCUGUCCCUUAUGCUGCUAUCCCACCAGCCUCCCUAAAUGGUGCUGUCUCUUAUGCUGCUAUCCCUCCAGCAUCUUCAAAUGGUGCUGUCCCAUGUGCUGCUAUCCCUCCAUCUCCUUCAAACAGUGCUGUCCCUCAUACUGCUUUUCCUCAAAAUGCAGCUGUCUCCUCUCCUGCUAUUUAUUCCGAAAAUGUAUCAGUUCCUGCUGAUAUCCUACAGGCCUCCCCAAAUGGGGCUAUUCAUGCAACUAUCCCAUGUUCCUUGGCAAAUGCUGUCCCUCGCCCCUCUUCUAAUGGUGUUGUCACCGGUGCUGCUAUCACCCCUCCCUUGGCAAAUAGAUCUGUUCCUGCUGCUGUACCCCCUCCUUCCACUGUUAGAGCUGUCUAUGCUGCUGCCUAUAAUGGGACAACAUCACCUCAGUCACAAGACAAUUGUGGUCCAGUUGGUCAGCCAAGCAGUGUUGUCAUUGGCCAACCAAGCAGUGUUGUCAUUGGCCAGCCAAGCAGUGCUGUCAUUGGACAGCCAAACAGUAGUCUCAUUGCUCAGCCAAGGAGUGCUGCUAGUUAUGAUACUGCACAACCAAACAGUGCUGUGCAGCAAAUACAGUUUGAAAGUGGCCCUACAGGCCCCCAAACCAGGUCUGCUACAGGUGAUCAGCCACAGCGCUCUGUCAUUGCUGAGCAGCCAAACAGCGGAGCUGAAUCGGCAGAGCGAUCCACGACCUUCACAGCUUGCCAGCCCAGUAGUGCUGUCCCCAGUGCUGGUCCAAUAGAGUAUGAAAACAUGGAGCAGGAGACAGCACCUAGAGGGGCUGGUGAGUCUAACAAUCACACUGCCUAUCAUCAAGAUUCCUGGACUGAUCCAAAAGCAAUCAUUCAAGGUUGCCCUGUGACAGACAACCAUGACCCAGAGAACAACACAGAAGAUCUGGACCAAAAGGAUGCUCAUGAUCCACUUCUGGAACUCCCUGUAAACAAUGGGUCAAGGUCAUCUAGAGAAGUUGAGGCUGUUCAGGAUUCUAAGGACCCACCGAACAAUGCAGACGAUGCCUUGGAAAAAGAAGCCAGAGAGCCUGUCCAAGUCACAGAAUAUCCGUCAGGGCCAACUCGCCAGGGACCCUACGGUUCUAGUAAUGAGGACAUCCCUGGAGCCUCUCAACACAGAUGAUAUCAGAUGAUUUUAGAUUUUAUACAUAUUUCUAAAAUUGGCUUAGAAUAAUAAAUAUAUUGUGUAGAAUGGCUGUUGAGUGGUCCGGCUACCAGACACCUUUCUGAAGUGUCCACCGAGGUUUAAGAUUGAACCUGACUAGACAUUGCGUCCUGUAUAGAUUUACAGCAUCUAUGAAUAAUUGAGCAACUGUGGUGUUGUGUGGCGUAGUGGUAGAGUGUUCGGUGCUUAAACAAGGAGACCCCGAACAUGCGCCCCAAUGUUAAUGUUGUGUCCUUGGGAAAGGCACUUUACACGUAUCCCCCCUCAAUUAGAGGGACAAGUCUCCUACGGCAGUUGUCUUCAGCAGCGCCAGGCGGGCCGGCGUGAUCAAGGCUUAACCAAGUCAUUCGGCAGCUUGCUACAAGCAUCCCAACCGGAACCAACAUUGUCUCCCUCGAUAUGGAUUGGCAGGGGAAGACGGAUGCCCAAAGUGUGUGGGUCUCAUCAGAUUCGCAACCUGUUAUCCACCUUUAAGUUAUACAAAUCCACGCGAAGGCCACCGUGUCAACCCUCCUCACUCAGGUGUAGGGACUGACAUGGUCUCCAUGCAUUGUCUCUCGAGUCGGAAGGAUGCCAAGAAAAAGAAAGAUAGUUGAGCGAUUAAGCCAGCAGAUACUACAUGUAGAUUGAGGUCUGGUCAUGGGUUCUAUUCCUGGCUUGAGGCGUUAUGAUGUUCCUAACCAAAGCUAGGUACUCAUUUUCAAGUGAGGAAAGUUGUGUUACAUACAUGUACAUGUAAUAAAUGUCUUUCCCAAGGAGUACAAUACUGGAGAAGAAUCAAUGGGUUAGAUUGAAAUUGGGCUUUGAAGCGCUGCAUACCUUGAAUUGUACGUAGUGUCCUAGACAAGUGCACAUUAAAAUUAUAAUAAUUGAUGACCUUGGGUAUAUUUCAAGACCUGAACGUUUCUUGUUGCAUUUCUUACCCAAUAGGAUAAAGGACAUAACUUACAGUAACAACUAAUACCAUUGAUACUACAGUAACAAUACAUGUAUUGUGUUUACAAUGUCCGCAAUACAGCCUAAAUGUGUAAUAAAUAUAGACUUUACAUCCUUAUACAUACAUGUAAUAUGUAGUUUUAUUGCCUUGCUUUAUAGUAAUAUGUUAUUAUAUAGAAUGACACUACAUGUUUCUAUAUGAGGGCUACAUGUAGCUCUUUAUAAUAGCCUUGAGCUCUGGCUACUUGGGCAGUCCUGGCUGUAUACUUGUUUAUACAGUUAAUUUUUUUGUUAAAUAAAUCAAAUCAAAACAAAUCUGCCUGUGAUACAAGGCAGGAAGAUGCACAUAUAGUAUAAUACUGUAACUGUUACAGUAAGAGUUACUGUAUUUAGAUGAGAUUAGAUCUAUGCAGAAACAUGACAAAAGAAGACGUUAGUCAUUGCAAGGAAAACCUUUUCUUACAAUGUAGGUUUUGCAGUAAAAGACUGGA